AUUAAAAUAUAGUCUUUUUUUUAUAUUUUUCAAAAAUUUUAAUUUUUUUUUUGAAAAUAGUCAACUAUAUCUCCCUCGAUUAAUACUGUACUGUUUAAUCAGAGUGAUUAGUUAACGUUCGUGUCACGUGACUAGAAAAGUAAAAAUGAACAUAAUUAUCAGUGAAAGAAAUAAUUUGUGUAUAAAAAUUCUUAUCAUUCUUCUUUCUAUUUCUAUUGUCAAGACCAAAGAAGAUGCUAAACAUUGGCAUCGUCUCGCUGAACAAGAACUUCAUGAUUCAUUAGCUUACAAAUGGAAUACAAAUAAUGCCAAAAAUGUAAUAAUAUUUAUUGGAGAUGGUAUGAGUGGAAAUACAAUAACAGCAAGCAGAAUUUUUAAUUCUAAUGAAACAAGUUAUCUUUCAUGGGAAAAAUUCCCACAUAUUGGACUGCUUAAGACCUAUAAUACAAAUAAACAAGUACCUGAUUCUGCAUCAACAGCGACAGCACUUUUCAGUGGAGUCAAGACGAACUUUAAGGUCGUUGGAGUUGAUGUUAAUGUACCACUUGCUGAUUGUGAAGCAAGUUUGAAUACUGAAUUUCAUUUGAAGUCAAUUAUCUCUUGGGCUCAAGAAGUCGGUAAAUAUACAGGAUUUGUUACUACUACUCGUGUAACUCAUGCAACACCAGCUCCAUUAUAUGCACAUUGUGCAGACAGAAAUUGGGAAUGCGAGGCAAAAAAACCUCCAAAUGCAGAAAAAUGUCAAGACAUUGCAAUGCAAUUGAUUGAAAAUGAACCUGGCAAAAAUAUCAAGGUAAUUAUGGGUGGUGGAAGACAAAUGUUACAAUCAUUUGUAAAUGGAACAAUUACCGAUCCAAUAGAUAAAUGGGCAUGUUAUAGUAAAGAUGGACGUGAUUUAAUUGAAAAAUGGAAAAAAGAUAAAAAAUCGAGAAAUUUUAAUUUUAAAGUUGUUGAAAAUAAUGAACAACUUUCUCAAGUUGAUUAUGAAAAUACAGAAUUUUUAUUGGGAAUUUUUGCAAAUGGACACAUUCCUAUGGAUUGGAAACGUGAUAAAGGUCCAAAGGGUCAGCCAAGUUUGGAAGAAAUGACAAUAGCUGCGAUAAAAGUAUUAAAGAAAGCAGAUAAAGGAUUUCUUCUUGUGGUAGAAGGUGGUCUUAUUGAUUUUGCCCAUCAUAGAGGACAUGCAGCUCAAGCUUUACAAGAAACUGUUCGCUUAUCAGAAGCCAUUGAUGCAACAUUAAAAUUAAUUAAUAUCGAGGAAACUUUAGUUAUUGUCACCAGCGAUCAUACACAUUCAAUGUCAUUUAGUGGUUAUAGUGAUCGGGGAUCAUCUAUUCUUGGUAUAGCUCAAAAAUCGAAAUACGAUAACAGAAAUUUUACUACCUUAACAUAUAGCACCGGUGGUCCAAAUAAUAUGGGAUACACUAUUGAAAAUGGAAAAAUUGUUCGAAUUAAUCCAUCGCUUAAUGAUACAACUGAUUAUAAUUAUAGUCAACAAGCUGCAAUAAUUACCGAUGAAGCUCAACAUGGAGGUGCUGAUGUUGCAGUCUAUGCAAAAGGACCUCAAGCACAUCUUUUUCAUUCUACUCAUGAACAAAAUUUUGUGGCUCACGUAAUUGGAUAUGCAUUAAAAAUUGGACCUUACGCAAAUAACAAUUUUACAACAAAUAAUUCCAUUCAAAACUUUAAAUUAUACAAUAAUAUAUUUAUUAUAUCAAUUGUUAUGAUAAUCAGCCUUAAAAUUAUUUUCUAUAUAAAUUAUUCUUAAAAUUCAACGAA